GUUCUCAUUUUUCUAACAAUGUCAGGACAAGGACUAUCAAUGGAGAUUCCUUAUAACAGUGAUGUUAUACUUCCCAAAUGAACACUGAAGAUAUAAGAUUACAAAAACGAAGUACAACUUUAGCUGAUUUUAAAGUUUAAGCAAAACCCUAGCUGAUUUUGAAGUUUAAGCAAAACCCUAGUUCAAAUUCUUCUUAAUCAGCAGAAAUGGAGUCUGGAAGAAGCAGUGAGAGCCCAGAAGUAGCGAAGAAGGGCAAAUCAAAGACCCCUCGAAAACCUAAAGAUAGCAUUCUCAAACAGAAGUCUCCCGCUGAGUUCUUUGCAGAUAACAAGAACAUUGCGGGUUUUGACAAUCCUGGGAAAUGUCUUUACACUACUGUGAGAGAACUUGUUGAGAAUGCACUUGAUUCUGCUGAAUCCAUCUCUGAACUGCCAGUUGUAGAGAUAACCAUUGAAGAGAUCGGUAGAAGUAAAUUUAAUUCCAUGAUUGGUCUGGCUGACCAUGAACGUAGAGAUGAAGCCUUAUAUGAUGAUUUUGAGACAGCAAAGGCUCGUGAGAAAAGACUUGCCAAGGAAGCUCGGGUUCUAGAGAUUCAAGCGAAGAAUGCUGCUCUUGGGAAGAAAGUAAAAGACCCCGCAGCUACAAAGGCAGCUAAGGGUAGGGAGGCAUCAUAUUAUAGGGUGACAUGCAAGGAUAAUGGAAGAGGAAUGCCACAUGAUGAUAUCCCGAAUAUGUUUGGACGAGUUUUGUCUGGAACAAAGUAUGGAUUGAAACAGACACGUGGGAAAUUUGGUCUUGGUGCAAAGAUGGCAUUGAUUUGGUCCAAGAUGAGUACAGGACUUCCCAUUGAGAUUACAUCUUCCAUGAACAGUCAAAAUUAUACCUCAUUCUGUAGGCUGGAUAUUGAUAUUCACAAGAAUGUUCCUCACAUUCAUAUGCAUGAAAAACGGGAAAACAAAGAACGGUGGCAUGGUGCUGAAAUCCAGAUUGUUAUUGAAGGGAACUGGACAACCUACCGCUCCAAAAUAUUGCAUUAUAUGCGACAAAUGGCUGUCAUCACGCCCUAUGCCCAAUUCCUCUUCCAAUUUGUAUCAGAUUCUCCUGAGAAAAAUGUGACUAUAAGGUUCACCAGAAGAACAGACAUAAUGCCUUCAGUUCCUCUUGAGACCAAGUACCAUCCAUCAGCUGUGGACAUACUUCUUAUCAAACGGCUUAUAACGGAAACAUCAAAGCAGACUCUUUUGCAGUUCCUUCAGCAUGAAUUUGUAAACAUUGGGAAGUCUCAUGCGGAACGUUUGAUCGGGGAGAUGGGUCCAGAUUUUAGCCCAAAAAUGUCAGUUAAAUCUCUAACACCACAGCAAAUAGUUCGCAUCCAUCAGUUGUUUCGUCAAGCCAAAUUUGAUGAUCCCAGUGGUGAUAUUUUAAGUCCCGCUGGAGAAUAUAAUCUACGUCUUGGCAUUAUAAAGGAGCUGCACCCAGAUAUGGUUGCAACCUUUUCAGGAAGUGCUCAAGUAUUCGAAGGUCAUCCAUUCAUCGUGGAAGCUGGAGUUAGUGUUGGUGGGAAAGAUGUCAAACAAGGGCUGAAUGUUUUCCGAUUUGCUAAUCGGAUUCCACUUCUUUUUGAGCAAGGUGCUGAUGUUGUUACAAGGACUGCUAUGAAGAGAAUCAAUUGGAACAGUUACAAGAUCAACCAAACACAAGACAAAAUUGGUGUCUUUGUGAGCAUUGUUAGCACCAAAAUCCCCUUUAAAGGGACUGGCAAGGAGUAUAUUGGAGAUGACAUAAGUGAGAUUGCUUCUGCUGUCAAGACAGCUAUUAAGCAAUGCUGCAAUCAGCUCAAAUCAAAAAUUGUAAAAAGGAUUCAUGCUCGUGAGCAGCAGGAAAGGAAGCGGAAUCUGAGCAAGUAUAUUCCUAGUGCUACCGCUGCUAUAUAUGAUCUCCUAAAACAGACGACAAAUGUGCAUGCAUCAAAAAAGAGACGCUUCAGGGAUGACAAUGCUGACCUACUAAAACAAGUUUCAGUUAAUUCAUUAACAAAAGAUACAUUCAGAGAAAAGCUUGCUCAGCAUGUCGAAAAGGUGGACUACGAAAUGGGUUUGGAAUAUGCCACACAGACCGGAGUGAAUGAAGAACCACGGGAAGAGAUAUACAUAGAGUCACUGAAUGAAGAUAAGAACUUCCUAGACCUCCAGAGCCCUAUAUUUGUCUUCAGACUCUAUCACUAGUUAUUCACUAGAUGGAUUUUCAUAGGAAUGUGUUGUUUCUAAUAUUAUUUUUCAUUUUGAUUUUUAUCAAUUAAAUUAUAGAAAUUCUAGAGGCGUAGAGGAUAACAAGGCAGAAAUGUAUUAUGAUAGGAAGAGAAAGUGCAACUUAUUGCACCUAUAUUUACCUUAUUGUUUGAAGUAAAGCUUUGAUAGUUCAGAUCUUGAGUUUAUCAAUUAUAGUUGAACUUUAGAUG